AUAAUUCAAAAGAAAAGCGUGGGAAAUCUUUCAACUACAAGUCAGAGGUUGAAGAAGGUUUUUUGGGAGUUUGCAGAGUUUUUUGUUUAUAUUUACUAGUCAGAUUUUAUACUCUGUUCUUUCUUAUCAAUAACAUAAUCAGUUUUAUCUAAAUUUCUUAUAUUAUUCGAGCUUUGUCUAGUUUCUUGCUAUAGAUUUUUUUUUUCUGUCUAGGCUCAGUAGAAAACAAUAAGGAACAUUAAAGAGUUCAUAUUUGGUAACAUUGUGUCAACUAUGGACAAAAGGGUCUAUUUGAUUCGGAGUCUGAUCCAUCUCUAUAGCAAGGGAUAACAAAAUGCCUUAGUCUUCCUUCUUGUUUCUUCAUGUACCCUUCACACAAGAAGCCUUUAGAGAACUUGUCUUCUACUUCCCUAUUCACAUCAUGCACAAAGUCACUAUAGAAAGGAAAACAAGUCCAUUACUGAGGUCUACCAGGAGGUGGCUAUCCUUUUCCGGGACCAUCAUGAUUUGCUUGUGGAGUUCACUCACUUUCUCGAGUUCACUCACUUUCUCCCUGAUACUUCAGGAGCUACCUCUACUAAUGAUAUUGUAAAAAUGUCUGUACGUGACCGAGGAGGCAUUAAGUCUCUUCCCACCAUGCGAGAGUCGAGACUCUGAUAAGAAAGACCGGACCAUUGCUUUACAUUCUGACCGUGACCUCAAAACUGAACACAUGGACCAAGACCAGGAGAGAUAUUUGUUGAAAGAAACUAAAGAAGAGGUUAGACGCAUUGACAGAAAGAAUGAUUACAUGGAUGACCAGAAAGGGCAGUUCCUCCACAGUAAAAAGCUGACACUAAGGGAUGGCGAUUCUAACGAAACCUCGAAUCAGGGUAGAGAAGGAGACAAGUUUUGUGGAGCCAUUGCCACUUCAUCUACGAAAGAUGAUAAAGGACAUGUCCAAGAACUUGCUUUUGUUGAUCGAGUGAAGGCAAAGCUUAAUACCUCUGACUACCAAGAGUUCUUACGAUGUCUUAAUCUCUUUCCAAAGGAAAUAAUCAGCCAACCGGAACCGCAGUCUUUGAUAAUUCAAAAGAAAAGCGUGGGAAAUCUUUCAACUACAAGUCGGAGGUUGAACCGUUGAAGAAGGUUUUUGGGAGUUUGCAGAGUUUUUUUGUUUAUAUUUACUUGUCAGAUUUUAUAUUCUGUUCUUUCUUAUCAAUAACAUAAUCAGCUUUCUCUAAAUUUCUUAUAUUA